CAUAUUAUAAAUAAUAUAUUUAUUUUUAUUCAUCGCAAAUUACAAUGAGUAAAGAAUAUUUGUUGCCACCCAAUUCACCUACUUCAAAACUGCAAACAAAAUCAAAGAAAAAUAUUACAGAUGCUCAUCGCCGUUCUACAAUAUUUCCUCGUAGGACAUAUCCGAUCGAGUCUAAUGAUUAUAUCGAUAAUAUUCAAGAGAGGGAGAUCAGGCAGUUACUCGAUACAGUUCCAAUUAUUCCAAAAUUACCAAAAAUGCCCGACAUCAGUAAAUAUCUGAACAAAGGAAAAACACUGAAUAAAAGCAAAACACUCAGUGAUCGUAGGACAAUAAUAAAAAAUUAUAUGAACGAAUGCGCGGUAACGCAAAAAAUUGAUUUGAUGAUGGCUGGGAAAUCCAUAGCAGUCGAUCGCAAAGAUGAAGUGAAAAUGCCACAGAUUUAUUACCGUAAGCAACUAAAGGGAUACGCUAAUGCCAUAGAGCCCACUCCGAUACAAGAAUCGUGGCUAGAAAAUAUAAUAGAAAAAUCAAAGACGGCGCGUUUGAAAAGAACUAAAGUGUCGGCAUCACUGAUAGACGAAGUCAAGGCUGAAUACAUUAAAGUGCUAAAAAAGUUGCAAGUUGAUGGAAUCGUGAAGCCUAUACCGAGUUCUAAUGCCCCGUUACCCGAAAAAAAGCUGGAAAAGCCGUUAACUACAGCAUUAGGAGGUAAAACUAAAAAUUAUCCGUUAUUUUUGAAAAGAAAAAAACUUUUGAUAAAACGUUUACAUACCACUCAUCCGACUACGAUCAGCAUACUGUAUUUGUCGAAACGCCAAGUUCCUAAGACGAUGAUUAACGCAGAAUUGUAUAAAUUUGACGAAUUUUCUCGAGACCUUGAUGAUCUAAUGGCCACUUUAGAACACGACUUUCGAAAGCAAGACACGUACCUGGCUAAAGAUUGGUAUAAAAAGGUUAUAUUAAUUUUGACAAAAAGAGGAGCAAUAGAUGACGUGGCAUUGAAAGCACUUCCUCAGUUUCUUAAGGGCGUGACGACUAUAAUUAGUUUAGAAGUAUGCUAUACAAUUAAGUAUUGUAAUUAUUAA